CAGCUUCUCACAUCGGUGUCCAUUCUCCUCCGUUAGCUUUGCUAGCUAGCUAACACAGCCCCCGUAGCAGCAGCCAGUAGCUCACUGGUGUCCACCUCUAGGCCUCUCGGGUGAACCAGAGCAGAUCCAUGGCGCCCUCUCGUCGCAUGGCCGCAUCCGCCCUCCUGCUGCUGGUCCUCCUCGUCGCCACAGAGAUCGGGGCGACGAGGACCAAGGUGGCGGAGGCGCGGGACUGCCUGUCGCAGAGCCACAAGUUCAAGGGCGCGUGUCUCAGCAGCAGCAACUGCGCCGGCGUGUGCCGCACCGAGAACUUCCCCGACGGCGAGUGCCACACGCACAACUUCGCGCGCAAGUGCUUCUGCAAGAGGGCCUGCUAGCCCGCCUGCUCGACCCGGCCGGCCACCGCCGCCUCGUCCCAUGGUAGCUACCCAGCCACUAGAUCGUCCGUGCCGUCUGCUAGAUCUGUUCGUCAGUGCGUUCCGGUUCGUCAGUAGUAGCUGUUCGUGUGUCUGUGUGCCGUAAUAAAGUAGGAAAUCAACCGGGGUCUCGGUAGUUUGGUUCGCCGCACGUCGCGUUUGUGUCUGCUUUGUGUGGUAAUGUAAUCGUUGUUUCAGCACGGACGGACGUGUGCAAUGCAUUCCCCUCUGUCUCUGUCAGUGUGAUCGGUUGUUUUGUGUGUUAUUAAAUCAGCAUCUACAAAGAGAACUGCUGUUAUUGUGACUA